UGUAAACAGCUUCGUCUGCAGAGCGCGUUUGGUAUGAAAAUUUGCCUUUCAAUGGAUGGUUGUAGUGCAUGAAAUACUAUUGAUAUGGAACCAGAACAGAAUAUAUCGCUUAUAGAGGAGGGCCAGGAUAUGCAAGGAUAUGAAAACAGCAAGCCUUCCUGUAAAUUUAACCAGGAUCAUGGAGACGAAGAAAAUCCUUUCUUCAGGGUAACAAAGAGAGAAGAUGGCUUUUUACAGGAACAAGAGAUCAUUGAUGCCUGUCAAAGUAUAAAUACAUCUCCAAAGAAAAGGAAAAUAGAUAAGGAUGGUUUUGUGACCCCUGCCACUCCAGACAUCCCAAAGUCAUCCUGCCACUAUGGACAAGUCAAACUAAUGAGAGGAGAUGGAGAUAUAAACAAAGAGGAUGAAGAGUACAGCUUGGGUGAAGUUGCUGAACAGGCUAAUGGUGUACUUUCAGAAGCGGGCUGUAUUGGGGUGUCUGCUCCCUCACAAAACGACCAGUCAGUUCACCCUGUGGAGAAUCUCAUUAAAGAUAUGUCAGAAGAAACUAAAAAUAUUUAUCAUCAGUUCUCAAAAGUGUUCAGAGAAUGUGAGGAGUACGAGACAGCGUGUCCAGAAAGGUUGGACAAGUUGCUCACAGAAGCAAAAGCAUUGGAGGAGAAUCUGAACCAACAGAAGCAAGUGUUGUGUAAUCGACUGAAGGGACUGUCCCGUACCCUUCAAUUACUGUGACUUUCAGUUGUGUUUUAGUUGUAAAUUGAACCAUUCACCGUUACAUUCACCUGUGUAUUAGGUGUCGGUGAAGAGGUUGUUGUGUACAGUACAACGUGCAUCAGUGUGGUAGCUGUCAACUGAAGGGACUGCUCACUUACGCUCCAGUUACUGUGACGUUCAUCUGUGCAACAGUUGUUGACUGAGUGUUUAUUUCACUCUACCAGCUACUGUGUCAUUUACAUAUGUACUAUUUUAAAGUUGAAGGGACUGUCGCGUGCACUUCAUUUGCGGUGACGUUCACAUUUGUUGAAGUUAUUAUCUGAAGGGACUUUCCACAGUUCAUAUAGUUGCUGUGAUAUUAUAUUCAAAGGUGAAGUAGUUGAAGAUUAUAUUUUUGUGUGUACUGGACUAUAUCUUGAAGUUAUUAGAUAAUGUGAAGUGGAAGUGUGUUCGUUAUAAAAUUAAUGAAACUCGGUGCUAACUGAAUGCAAAUAAUAAUAAAUACAAUUUGGUGUAUGUAAAGAAUUGUUUCUUUUGUUGUGAUUUUACUUGCGUGCUUGUACUUGCAUGAUAUUUAUUUGCAUGUUAAAAAUUUGCCUGGUGAUUAGCAAAUUGAUUCGGAAUUAUGUCAUUGUGUUGGAAAGUAUUGCAUUUUUAAUCAUAAAGACAACAUGCUAUUUUUUCAUUACUUAAGCCUUUUUGGUUUUGUUGGUCGUAAAGGGAUCUUUGGAAAUUAUCAGAGGGAGGCAGGAGCGCCAAAAUAAUUUUAAUUAAAAAAUGGAUUUGAUACUGCAGACAUAAGUUUGUUUAAACAAUAUGUUUUCCAUUUAAUUUCUAAAUGAAUAGGUGAUGUUAUGAUGUUU